AUGAGUGAAAAACUAAAUAAUUUGAUUACCCAAAAAGAUCAAGCACAGCUGCAAGAAUUCGUGCGGGAAACCUCAACUGAGGAGCUCACGAAGAUAAUAUCGAACGAAAUUUGCAAUGCAGACAUUUCCAAAAUACUGGAUGAGAUCCUGCAGGUGUGUUCUGAGUCGGAGAAUUUGUUUGCCAAGAGAAUAAAAUUAGUGGAGUCUGCUCUGAAAGCUUUAGGCAAAGCCAAAGUUACAAUUAAUCAUGCGAACGAGAUUGUGAAUCGAAUAGUGUUGGACUUUCCCAAAUAUCCAAAACUACAUCUGAUCAAAUUGGUUGACUUCUGUCUUGCUAGUAUUCGCAACAAUGAUGAUGAAUUUAGGAGUUGGAAAGACUUAUUACCUGUUUUGCUGGAAGUGUUGGAGGAAGAAAAAUAUAUUACUUAUAUGAAUGGUGAAGUUACUGGUUCCAAAUACAAGUCUAUUAUCAUUAAUAAUCUAUGCAACAGUGAAUGGGACACACAGAUAAUGCCAUCGUUGGCGAGAAUGUUUAGAGAUAUAUCUUUGGAAAAGGAGGAUCAUGCUAUGGUAAUUACAGUAUUCUGUACAAAACUACAAGAUAUACCACUUGAUGAAGUACCUCCUUUUGUGCAUCAGUCACUGAGAUUAUGUACUCGUCAGGAUAAUAAAUAUCUCUUAGAAGCCUUACGGAAGUAUUUCACACUACGCUUCUUGCAAACUGAAAGUACUGACACUUUUGAAUCUAUAGAUGUAGUAAAUCCCAAGGAAGUUCGAGACGUUGAAAGUACAGUAUUAUACCAUAUAUCUCAAUCAGCUGAAUUGAAUCACCAACAUAUAAGAGAUUACAUUAAGUAUUUUAAAAGUAUAUCGCACAUUCCUGAAGCUAUAUUAGAACCUUUUAUGCUUUCUGUACUGCUCACAGUUGCUUCUAUUGAUGAAAAUCAGAUUUUGGAAAUGCUGCGAGCGAUUAUUAGUAAACGAAACGAAAAUGACAUUAAACAGAAACAUAGUGCAUGGUUGAGAAAAUUAAUUCCCGAUUCUUGUAAUGUAAUGAAUGUGAUGGGAAACGUUAUCGAGGCGAGUAACAGGGAUCGUCACUUAGUAUUGAAAGGACUCGUAGAUCUCGCAUUUGUUCUUAUGGCUGUAGAGAAUAAAACAAAAACGAAUGUGCAUCCUUUAUGGCAAAUUGGUACAAAGAUACUUCAAAAAAUCAUGAGAAAGCAUCAUGAAACAGUUGCAACUAUAUUUCAAAUGUUGAUUGAUAAGAUAGUCGCGAGUAAAUCAUCUAUUUCUCAAUAUACUGAUUGUUUAGCAUAUAUGUGCCAUAAAUUAACGGUUCUAGUGUUAAACCAUCAAGAAUCUAUAAUAAUGCUUUUUGAUCAGAUCUCGUCUGUACCCGGAGAGAUUGCCAUUUUUAUUGUUUCUGCAAUAUUUCCAUUGGUACAAGUUUCAGUCAGUAUAAGAGAGCAUUUGGUCUUGACUUUGAGACAGGCUCUCUACAGAAAGGGUACUUUUAAUCGACAAAUGGCAGUCAGUGGGAUUUUGGAAAUGUUGAGGAAUGUGAAAAUACACUCUAUGAGCGGCCUCGCGAUGAGUUCGAGUCAGUACGCCAAUUCAUCGUCGACUGGCACAAGUUCCACAUCCAUUUUGACUCAGGUGACGUUAGAGAGAGGUACUCAAGCAAGAGGACUUACCUCAAGAUAUAAUAGAACUUUAUGUUACGAUAUUUUGGGUAUUUUAAGAAGAUGUUUUACUCACGAGUGCGAAGUUCGAUUACACUUAUACAAUGGUUUAUAUGAAGCCGUAUUGAAAAAUAUCGAGAUCGCAGAAUACGUAUUAGAGAUGUUAUUACCACACUUUAAAACUUUUUUUGAGACGGAUGAGAACGUCAUGGUACCAGUUAAACUGGAAUUAUGUACAGCUGUACAAGGAGACCAAGUUAUACUGCAGGAACCUCUGGCAGAAUUGAUACUUGUACUGCAAAAGAUUUACAUCAAAUCGGCUCUAAUAAAAUCAUCUUUUGUUGAUGAAUUAGCUGUUAUCUUGGAAUCUCUAUGCAGGCGGAUGCCACGGCUCGAAACAGAACACCUAAGUCUUGAUGACAAGCUUGAUUUAAGCAAUACUAGCACCAAAGCUCAAGAAAAAUUGCAGAUUGUUCUGUUAACAAUUAAAAUUUAUGAGGCUCUCAUAUCUUUUAGAAUCAGCGCCUGGUCUGUAAACUGUACAGAUACCGCACAAAAUAUUAAAAAUCUGUUCAAAGGAUAUACGAAAUUAGUUGAAUUUACUAAGCACAUACCAAAGGUUAAAAAGGGAGAAGGAAAAAAUAAAAGGACACAAAAUGACCCAAAUAAUACUACUGUAAAGAAAGCUAGCCGAUCAAGUAGCAUAAAAUUACCACCCAGUAUCAUAGAUUUGUUUAUUGUACACAAAAGUUUGUCGCUCUUCUAUUUGAAAUCUGUUCCCUGGGCAUCUGAGGAUCAAGUUACCAUGUUAAUAGAUAACCAUGAUUUUUAUCAUUACAUUCUGCGAACAUUGUUGCAAAUUUUGCAAAAUAUUAAACUAUUAAUGGAGUACAAUUUGCGGAAACAUAAAGAACAGUAUAUGAAGACUUACUUUGAAAUUGGAAAAUUAUUAUACAAUCACGUUAUAUUGGAUUUAAACAAAUUUCUCGAUACAGAUGAACAAGGGACUAUAUUAGCAUUAGAAUGUUUUAAAGAAUUAUGUUGUUUAAUUUGCACCUAUUCCUCUUCCGAAUUGUCGCAGUUUCUUAAUGUUAUUAUUCCUAAGUCAAUGCAAGCAGAAAAUCUUAACUCACAAUUGGAAAACAUAAUUGCUGCUGUACGUACGAGUUUCAGGACAUUCUUUACCGAGGAAGAGAAACAUGAGGAGAACUCUAAACAGAUACUUGGCAUAUUAUUGGAUAUUAUAUACCAACUGACGCAACAGAUAAAUUUUUGUCAAACAAAUGGCGAUGAAGUAUUCGAAUCGAUGAUGAAAUUCACACAAUUGGAAGAUAUGAAUCCUCAAGCUUCUUUAACUAUUUUCCAAAUUCUGUUUUUGAUAGAAGAGCGUCAUAAGGAAUAUGGGGAAUUGUUAAUCGAUAUCUCUCUCGCAUUAUGUGAGAAAAUAGGUACCGUCGACAAGACUGAGAUGCCGGAAAAUAAUAAAUUCAAAAUUAUCCACGAAGAAACGGCAGACAAACUUUAUAAUUUAAUAAAUAACUCAAUAAAAGAGAAAUUGGAUAAUGUAUCUUGGUUGUUAGUGCGUCUUAAAGCCGAGCAAAAUAUUGUUUGUCCGCCUGGCACAGAUCUCGAAGAAUAUCAGGAAAAAGUGCGAACACAAGAACGCAGUUUGUGCAGACAGUUGUCGCACAUUAUACAAAUACUUUAUACAAUAGCUAACGUUGCAGUUAAACCAGGAUCAUCUACGGAUAUUAUGUUCAAAAAUUUACAAAUCGUGUACAACUUACUUAGUAAUCUUACAAAAUAUUUCUAUGGAAAAUCCAGUAAACAAAAUGCAGCAUUUCAAUCAGUGAAAUUUAUUCAAGUGAUUCAAUCAGCUGGGAAACCAUUAAAAUCUGGAUUUUAUAAUUUAAUAACUUAUAUUGAGGGAAAUCAAAAUGCAAAAACAUCAAAAGCUGAUUCACACUUGCAAAGAAAUAAGAUUUUGAAAGAAACCCGAAUUAUUCCUCGUGUGAUAUGUGAAAUAGAACAAUUUCAUAAGGAGAUUUUAUCGCUUGAUAAGAAGACCGGUGUUCCACUUGAGAUUUACAUAAAGCACAGCAUAACACGCGAUUUCCGUAUAAAAAGCACACAAUUAGCAGAAGCACUGGACAAGCUGAAUAUAAGUAUGCUGGAUACACAGAAUUCUCGUCGCAAUAACGACACAUCUAAUGCAGAUAUAAAUAACGUGUCUAUUGAAUCAUCUACUGAAACACCAUCUUCAAAACGAUCUAGACAAAAUGACACGUCCUCAAAAUCACCGGAAUUUCCACUUUCAAAACGCUCAAGAAGAUCGUCAGAAUCUUAAAACUAAGUGCCUUAUCUUAAAAUUAAUAAUAUUUUUCUUUCAUUUAGAUAUAAAGUUUAAUUCUGCAC